AUGAGUCCUGCCGGCUUGGUUAUAAAGAGACUCUGCCGGCCUAUGUCCAACCUGGGAGCUUGUCAACUUCAACCUCGCUCUUGCACAACCACAGACUACAACUCCCACCAUACAAACCCAACCACAUCCAUCAGAAUGCCUACCUACAUUGUCACCUGCAAGGAGGAUGCCUCCGCCGACCAGGUCGCGGCUGCCAAGAAGCACGCCACCGACCAGGGAGGAAAGAUUGGCCACGAGUACAGCCUGAUCAAGGGUUUCUCCGUCGAGUUCCCCGAGGACCAGAUCUCAACUCUGGAGAGCCACGAGCACGUCAAGCACGUCGAGAAGGACCAGGAGGUCAAGACGCAAUAG